UUACCGUCCAUUUAAUGCGCUGCCGGUUUGGCCGUGAGUCCACCGCGGGCGCCAUGUUGGUGCAGACGCGGGCAGUAAUGGCGCCUCGGGUCCAUGGCGAGGCGCAGCUUCGGGUCCGGGAGGAUGGAGACUCGAGCCGGAACUAGAGACGUCAGGCGGCGCAGCUUCGAGGCUCGGACUGGGUCGGAAGGGCACUCGUCUCCGCUCGGGCCGAUGGCUGUCCCAGAACAUAUAAAGAGCAGCAUCCUUGACCAGACGUCCUGAUUGCAAGGAGGCUCUUUGGCCCCUGUUGCCACGGCAGCGGUCGUGGAGGAAGAGAAGGAGCGGCUCUUGCGGUGGCGCCACGCUCUGCUGGAGGGGAUGGAGUACCACAGCACGGGAACCCUGCCGCUCCUGGGCAGCCCGCGUUACUGUCCCGGUGCCAACAGUGCCAGCGGGUACCUCUGCCAGACAGGCCACUGCUGUGGGGAGACCGGCUGCUGCACCUAUUACUACGAGUUGUGGUGGUUUUGGCUCUUAUGGAGUGUAUUGAUCCUGUUCAGCUGCUGCUGUGCGUAUCGACACCGCCAGGCUAAACAGAGAGUGCAGCAGCAGCAGAGGCAGAGAGAGAUCAACCUGAUGGCCUACCACGGAGCCUGCAGCUACCCGUCCUCCAUGCUGGACCUCAGUUUCCUCGCAUCACUCAAACUGCCAUCCUAUGAGGAAGUAGCAGCGCAGCCCAGCACCCCGCCCCCUCCCUACAGCUCGGUGGCUUACCCACGAGGCUCCGCCCAUCCUGGUCCAAGUCACAUGCUGUCCUCGCAGAGCUCUGACAACUACACCAGCUGCUCAUGCGACUCCUGCUGCCCAUCUUCGCCCUGUAGCUCCUCCCCUUCCUCCGUCCAGCUCACAGACGAGACCGACACUAGCCACACCUCCACGCCUUCUCGCAGCGAAGCGGUACCCAUUAACUCAGUUUCUGGGCAUGCCACAGAGCGACAGGCUGAGACUCUUUCAACUGCGCCUCUUAACGAACUCGGCCCCACUUCCUCAGCCGAAGUGAUGGAGGUGGACUUGCCAGACUCCGUCUCCCUCGACUGUAAUGGCAACAGGACUGUUAAAACAGUCACUAAUCCAGCAGUUAGUGUGAUCAGUGACGCUGAAGAAAGUGCUAACUCGAAUGAAACUAAUAACGUGACUCAAAUUAGUAACUCAGAUGAUGUUAAUAACCACGGCAUCACUGAAAGCUCUAAUGUGCCUCAGUGUAACAAUAGUAAUGAUAUUAGCAGCAAGGGUCACAUGUCCAACCUCAGUCCUACCAGAGACGAUGAAACCACUGACUUCGACCUCUUUCAUCCACCCAGCAAUAUGACCCAGAAUCCAUCUUAUCCCCCAAUCGCCAUCCCCUCAUCCUCUCCUCCAUCCUGUUCUCCUUUGUCUCCGUCCUCCCCUCCCCUCCCUCCUCCCUUAUCCCCGAUCUCUGACCCUCUAGGUGCCAUCUCUGAGCAGCAGAGCUCUCCUGUGCAGUGGGCGGAGCCAACACAUACACACCAUUCGGCCCCUCACCCGCAGUCUCCGCCCAAACCUGUGGUCUUUUCACCUGAUUUCCUGGAGCCUGAGCGGCGCGACUCGGCAGUGUGCGAUCUUGAGGUGGAUCAAACGCACUUUCAGCAGCGACGCCUAACCGGAGACUCGGGCAUCGAGGUCUGCCGCUGUCAGAUUGACCAUGAGGAAGAGGAAGAUGAUGAGGAUGAAGAGACGGAUCAUUUAGAGGACAAACCCAGCACUGUUCCAAGCAGCGGCGACCUCCACGACAGCGCCGACUGCUCCGUCCGUGCCCAGCUGUCCCCUUCUGAGCUCGGAGACGCAUGCGGGUCUGGCUCAGCCACACCAGUGCGCAACGAUGCAGUCGUUAUAGCCAUGGAAACCGUUUGAUGGACAGGUGGGCUGUUGAAAUCCAGAGUACAAGGGCUGUGAGUCAGCGGUGCUGAGAGAGAGCCUUCGGCUGUGCAAAGUGAAUUGCCGUUUAGUCCGAGUCUAAACUAGCCGUGCUGUUGCGUUAGGACCGACAUCCUAGAGUGGUGAAAAGUGAAAUUCUAACUUAAUAGUAUAGUGUGGGAAGGUCUCUCUAUCUUUCAAGCUUUCUCUCUCUCUCUCUCUCUCUCUGUUGUAGGAUAAAUGUCCUCGGUUAUCCAGCGCCUGUUUUUGUGCUGACAGAGAGACUGAUGUUAGCCACAGACUCUGCUCUAACACACACACACACACACACACACACUUGCACACACGGUAACCUUUAUGUAUGACCCCGUGUCCCUCUGUGAACACUUCUGUACUCAGUAGCACAUGCAACAUCCAUCCCUCCUCCCCUCCUUUUUCUGUCUCUAUCUCUCUCACCCCUCCUCCACCCCCCACACCGCGGCUUGCAUCGUAGCCUCUGAUGCAGAAUCAGUGAUGUAGUCUACUGUCACAGCAUUGUACACAUAGAUAGACUAUGAAGCUGCUUGAACCAUUUGGUUUAGACGCUGCCAACAGUAAAGAUGCAAUAACACGCUAACACACACACCUACACACCUGUCCUGUGUACCUCUGGGUAAUGUAGUUCACACCAGGUCAGGCACCCAUUUUGUGCUUGAUGUUCACUGGAGCUUAUCAGUUUAGUGGAGGUUCUUCACUGGUUCUCGCAAAGCAACUCUCUCUCUCUCUCUCUCGCAAACACGCAUCCAAAAUCGCCGGACUGCAUUCUUCUUGUUUUCCCAGAGUUUCAGAACACCAGCUUGGCCAAACAAAUGCUGCACCUCAACCAUGGAAGAAGAAAAAAGUAAAACCUCAGGACAUUGUUUUUUUUUUUUCCUUAAUUUUUAUUAGCUUUUUUUUUUUACGUCUAAAUGUAGAAACACAGAAACCGCAUUGCUCAUUGGCGAAACAAAAGCAGCCUAAAGAGACUCCGAACUGCUGUCCAACAAAGACAAAUAUCAAUAUGAGAACUACACAAAUAAAUAUAUAUGUAGGUGCAGAUUAUAUAUAUAUAUAAAUAUAUAUGUGCUCUCUGUGAAAUGAUAUAUUUUCUAAGCAUGCCAUGUCAUUCGGAGUGCAGCGCUAGAAGCCGGUGUAAAAAUGUAAUCGGCUGAGAGAUUGUGUGUCGAUUCUAGUGUUACUAUGGCAUCAGUACCGAGUUACACUUACAUUACUAUGGCGUUCCCAUGGUGCUGCCGUGCUGUUACUAUGACAACCUUCUUUAGUCUGAGCAAUAGAGUAUGUUUGAUGUCCCUGUGAGAUUGUGAAAGGUGUGAAAUUGUUAUUCUAAACGACUUUACCACUAAACAAGUCAACUGAAA